AUGGAUGUGAGAAGCGUUAUCGAGGAGGUUCAGGCAAUAAAAAUUUUCCCGCAUAUGAUGUUCAAUGCGUCAAAGCUGAAAGUACUGAGUGAUUAUGUAGAUAUAGCACUUGAAAAUAAUGAAUAUUUUGAUAAUGAAGUUAUGCUGACCUUGUUAAGGUUAUUUUGCUUAUAUCCCCACUGUUACGAUAAAGUUGUAAUUAAGAAAAUUUUAGUAUGCGUUUUGUAUAAUAUAAAUGAAGUAGACAUGAAUAUUUACCUUAGUUUAAUAAACCCCAAUAUAUAUGAUGAUAACAUAAAAAGCAUUGUAUAUUUGCAUGAUUUGAUAAAAGAGUGUCAGUUUAAGAAGCUAUGGGCAUGUAUAAACAGUGGUAGUAGUAGUAGUAUCGAUGAUAAUAAUAAUAAUAAUAAUAGUAAUUAUGAUUACACCUUUUUAAAAAAUUCUAUUAAUUUUACGUAUAAUAUUAGAAAAUAUAUAUUAAAUACAAUAUCGUUAAGUUUUGAAAAUAUUACGAUGAAAAAUAUGUCGGAGUAUUUAAAUAUGCAUGACUAUUCAGAAAUUGAAAAAUUAUUAAAUGAAAAUAAAUGGAUGAUUAAAAAUGUUAAUUAUAAAGAUGAAGAGCAAUCAAUUUGCUGCAACGGAAAUAUAGAAGCUGUUCAGCAGAAAAAAAAUAUCAACGCUUAUUUCAGUGAAGAUAAUAUAGCGUCUUACAUGACCAAAUUGAAUAAUUGA